GCUAACAUCAGCACUUUUGUUAAAAUUCUAUUGUUAAAGAUCUAUUGUUUAAAGAAAAAGUUACAUGACAAUUUUAAAUAUGCAUACGCAUAUCUAUUUCUCUAAUUUUUCUCAUUCGCAAAACAUCCGUCGCAUAAUUGUUUUUCGUUGCCACAAGCUGGGAAACAAUCUUUAAAACCGCCAAUUAAUUAAUACACAUACAUAGCUAUAUAUAGAGAGAAAGAGACUGUGCAUAGCCUGGACUCUGCAAAGUUGGGAUCCUAGAUUAUUAAUGUGAAUAAAUAAGGCUGAAAUGGACUGUAUAUCGCCUGCUUUAUGUUAUUUGUGUUUUGUGUUUUAUCACGAAACAAUAAAUUUUUAAAAUUUUCUCUUUAGAUCAGCCGUUAUCAAAACGUCCAUUAAUAGUUUCAAUUCAAAACAAGAGUGACAGAAGUUUCAAACACCUAAAUAUCGAAACAUUCAAAUCCUACUGUGAAUAUAGUCAUUGUUAAACUGAUGAAAUAUUAAACUACUUGGCUCAUUUACCUUGUUCAGAAGUUAUAUUCAAAUCAUCAAUUUUGAGCAACACGUUUUGUGUCAUGAAAUUUUUAGAAUUCUCCAAAAAAAUUUCGAAGAUAACAAGUUAGAGAUUUAACUUUUUUUUUGAGAAAAAUAUAAAAAAUCUGUAUUUCUAUUAUUGUUUUUAUUUAUUCUGUUGUGUUGUACACCACAAAUUUGAUUUCAGGCUAAUUCAAGUUUUUAACAACAAUCAAUUUUGUAAAGCUUUCCAAGUUUGUUGUGUUUUUCAUAUCAAAGAAAAUUAGUGAAGUAUAAGCCUUGCAUUGUUUUUAUAAAGUUGUUUUGUUAAAAAAAUAAUAUAUAAUAUAAAAACGUUAUAGGUUACUAUAAUAAUCCACAUUUAAAUUUUUAUAGUAUUUAAUGAUAUUGUUCCCUCAUUUACAGAUAAUUUUUUCUCCUACUGUUAUUGCAAUGUAUUAAAAGAGUAUUCUGCAACCAACCUCGUCCCGGAACUCUUGCAGAAGAGCCGUGGGGAAAAAUGGCUUUUUUAUAACUAGACUUUAGAGACUUUAACUUCGUGGUGUGUAAAAACAACCACAUCCUUCAGGAACAAAUACAGAAAAGUGGCCUGGGUUUUAAUCGAAGCAGAUGUUGGCGAACGUUUCUACUAUUAUAUAAUCAAAUAAAGAAAAAACUAGCCUUUACAUUCUUGUCUAUAUUAAUUGUUUUUUUUAAUUCGCUUUUAUUUUUAAAUAAUUCUUUUUUGAAAACAUUUUAUCUUUUUCAACCACAGCCGUAGUUGCACUUGAAAUUGGAUAGACUGGUUGUGAACUUACGCAACUAUGAAAAACUCAUCCAUUAUUCUUAAAAUCAUAAACGGAAUUGAAGUUGCACCGACAUUGAAAAACUCAUCCAGUGUUGGAACAAUUUGCGACAUCUACGGCGUGGAAGUUGUAUCCACAUUAAAUUUUCAUUUGCCGCUGUCGAUCUUGGUUACUGUCAUUAGUUUUCUUACGACAGUUUUGAAUGGAAUCUACAUUGUCGUGAUGUGUAGGAGCAAAUGCAAAUUGUCUUUGUCAAAUUUAUUGUAUUUAAUGUUAGCUAUCACUGAUAUCUCAGCUGGAGCAAUGUUAAUGCCUGUAUACUCCACUCAUUGGAUUUAUGCGUUGUACGAAGGUACUAACUGUGCAAUGUUGGAAUAUGUUAACGUUGUUGGGCAUGCUUUAGCCACUGUGUCAGCUGCUGCUAUAGCUUUUAUAACAGUAGAUUUGGGCGUGUCUAUAACUUAUCCUUUUUUCUACGAAAGAACAUUCACCAGGAAAAGAUUACUUUUUGUUAACGUUGCAACGUGGUUUAUUUCGCUGGCAACACCAAUUUGUUUUAUAGUAAUUUCUUCCAAGCACUGGUAUGUGUAUCAGAACAUAUCCACCGGCAUUGCCAUAUUUGUUGUUUUCACCCUGUGUUUGAUGCAUCUUAAAAUAUACAAAGAAAUAAAAAAAUUAAGCGUGAAAAUAAAUUAUAACGAUAACACUCAAAUAAAUAGGUUAAAAAUGCGACGGAAAUCCAUAAAGCUUGGUACAUUUAUUUUGCUCACAUUUUCGUUAUGUUUUUUACCACUGUGUUUAUGUUUUGUUUAUUCAGUAACAGUUGGAAACUCGUCGACUUUUGUUAGCUACACACAGCAAGCUGCCAUAUGUAUCAUCUUUUUGAAUCCAAUGUUAGACCCUUUUGUGUAUUAUUUCCGAUUGAAUACGAUCCGGAAAAAAGUUAGACAGUUAUUUCUUUCAUCCGUGGAGAACGAAGGACAGACUACGUGUAAAACAUAAGAGGAUAGAAAAAUAGUUCCUGGGAUGUUCCAAGGUGACAUUCAGCUCACCCCAGAACAGCGACAACAGCUCGUAAAAAAUGGAAGAGCUGCCUUUGGUUCCAUUGUAGGAAAAA